AUGUCUCUUGAGCUGGUGCGACCAGAGGACCUGGACACGGAGAUUGGUGUCCAAAAACAGCCGUAUUCGCUCGAGAAGUGGCUGGAGUAUAUUGGGAGGAAGAAAGAGCGGUCAAAUGCGGAGCAAAUCCAGCUAUAUCGCCGUGCUCUCUCGCGUUUACCAAACUCGUUUAAACUGUGGACGGGAUAUAUCGAUCUGUGCGAGUCUAUUGCUCAUCCGGGAGAUACGAAGGAGCUAGUGCAGAUCUAUGAAACGUAUGUGGCGAAUUUGGGGGAAUUCGUUGGCGCUUGGACCCGGUUUCUGGGCUUUCUGGUGAAAAACAUCAAUUUCCUAGACAUCACUUACAUUCGUCUGCAGUUCAACACUGCGUUGCGUUCGUUGAGCGUGGUGCAGAACUUUCCAAUUUGGCGGUUGUUUAUCGAGUUUGCGGAUCUCGUGGGCGGGUUGACCAGUUUCAGCAUCUACAAACGGUAUUUUAUUCUCCGUGCCAAGCUGGACAGUUAUCCAGACUUGUUUGCAGAUCUGCCGUCGUUGGACGAGACUGUUCAGAACUUGAUUCAGACAACAGAGUCAGAUACAGAGUUUCGUCAGGUCCAGGCGGUUAUUGAACAAAUUAUAGCAAACGACCAGUUAAUUCUCCAAUUAUCCAUCUCGGAGCUGGAACUGUGCGAAAAGUACUGGGAUCUGGUGUUGGAGUACGAGAGCGACGACCAUGUUGUUCAAAAGACGUAUCAGCAUCUCACUGAUAAGUUUCCUGACCAAAGGGUGCAGUUCCUAACGAGAUUGGUCGACUACUACGAAACACAGGAAAAAUACAUUGCACUUGAGGACUUGUUGGAGACAGAAAUAGCAGCCACGACGCGGUUGCAAGAUUUCGUCGAUAUUUACAACGAGUAUCUUGAUGUGGAAGAGCGGCGCAUCGACUUACUUGCGGAAAAUAUCGACCAGCAUUCUGCAGAGCUAGAGGUGCAGAUAGCACGGUUUGAAAAAUUGGUGGCCAGAAGACCGUUGCUUGCGAGCGACACGCUUUUGCGCCAUAACCCGAACGACGUGGCCGAAUGGCAGCACCGGAUCAGUCUCUACACCGACAAGAACGAGCAGGCGGACUGUUUUGCACGGGCAAUGGAUACCAUCAACCCUGAAAAGAUUGAACUGUCUGGUGUGUUUUCCAAGUUUUGGAUCGAGUAUUCCCAAUUCUACGCUUCAAACGGCAAUAUCCCCAUUGCCAGAAAGAUCCUACAAACAGCCACCAAAGUUCCGUUCCGACACAUCGACGACCUGGUGGAAAUCUGGCUGUACUGGGCCGAAUGGGAGCUGGACACAGAUUACCAUCAGGCAGUGAGAGUCAUGCAGACCGCACUGGAACGGCCCAAAUUUGACGGCAAGAUCAGCUACCUGGACACCGCACUGAGCGCACAAACGCGGGUCCACAAGUCGUUAAAGCUCUGGGAGUUUUAUUUGGACUUGGUGGAGAGUUCUGACGAUACAGAGCAGGUCUGCACCGCAUACAAUAAGAUGAUCGAUUUAAAGGUGGCAACAGUCCAGACGUUCUUGAAUUACGCCAACUAUCUUGAGGAAAAGUCCCUGAUGGAGAAAAGUUUCCAAGUUUACGAACGUGGAGUGCUAUUGUUUCAGUAUCCAGUGGUUUUUGAGAUAUGGUCCGUUUAUCUAACAAAGGCUCUUGAGUAUCAUGAAAAGCUUGGAAUGGGACUCGAGAGAAUACGCGAUUUGUUCGAAGACUCCCUCAAAGGGUGUCCGCCAGACCAGGCCGAGUGGAUAUUCAAUCAGUAUGGUGGUUUUGAGGAAACCAAGGGAUCCAAGCUGGUGGCUCUAAAAAUUUACCAAAGAGCUAUCGACUAUAUUCCAGCAUAUACCAAGAAACUGGAGCUUUACCAGACGCUUAUCCCUAAAGUUUUUAAGUUCAAGAGCCCAGAAAGCGCCCGCGCGGUCUACCAACACGGUCUCGAGACAGUUUCUGUGAACACGCCUGGAUUCCUCAACAUUUUGGUCCAAGGGUUUGUUAACCUUGAGCUGCAACUUGGCCAAAUCAAGAGAUGCCGCGAGAUCUACAAGUACGCUGCCGAACUCGUGUUCAAGUUUGGUAAACGCGAGAAGGACCUGGAUGAGGUCUGGAACGCGUGGAAACAGUUCGAGGUCGAUAACGGUACAGAGGAAAGCUACAAGCAGCUGCUACGGUUCAAAAGACACCUGGAGAAUACCUCUGUCAACGUCAGACAGAAAUCCCAGGAGUCGCUGGAUUUCGUCAAAGGAGAAACCAGAGGCACAAUGGUGUCCGCUACCGUGAACGAUGCCGAGAUCGAUUUGGAUCUUGACGAUAUAGACGGCGGCGGUGACGGCCAAACACCCGUGGCUAUCAUAAACGGCGUCGAGGAAUGUGAUGAAUCUUCGCACUUUAUCACGGACAUUGACGCUCAGGUACGGAAUAUCUGUCACGAUGAACGCUUUGUAGGAAGACGCCAGAGUCAGGUAAUCGCCAGCGGCCAACGGCUGGCCACAGAGCUGGUCAAAGGUAAACAUGGCAACAUGUCCUGGAGAACUAACGGGGACAACCAAAUCUCUUCCCCAGAUUUUCAGCGGGACGUUCUCCUUCUUUGGAUGGCCCUGGGCGAAAAACUCGUACCAGCUUUCAAUGUGCUGCUGUUGUUGUUUGCGGGAUAUUUUCGAGUCGAACCUGAUUCCUGGCUUUGGCGAUCGUCCGGUGCUCUGUUCGAGGUUGCAAAUAAAAUUAAGCCAUGGUCUGACCGCAAAACCAGGUUCAGCAGCCGUCUCAGAAGCAUCGCGUCGGCAACAUCCGUCACCUGGAACUCGUCAAAGCACAAAACAGUCGAUUGCUGUGCCAAUUCCCACGCCAACAACGGAAUCACGUCCAGUUCCUGGUGGCCACCAUGCUGA